UAGUCAACCGGCGUCAGUAGCGUCACUGAGCAGCAGCAGUCGGUCGGUCUCGGCUUCGCUGGUCAGAGAUGGCGUCCCUUCUGCAGCCAGAUAGGGUUAUAUAUCUGGUUCACGGAGAGAAAAGAAUCAGAGCCCCUUUAUCCCAGCUUUAUUUCUGUCGCUACUGUAGUGAGCUGCGGUCCCUGGAAUGCGUGUCUCACGAGGUGGACUCCCAUUAUUGUCCAAGCUGUCUGGAGAACAUGCCGUCUGCAGAGGCUAAGCUUAAAAAGAAUAGGUGUGCUAAUUGUUUUGACUGCCCAUGCUGCAUGCACACACUGUCGACUCGGGCCACCAACAUCCCAGCUCCUCUGCCUGAUGAUCCCACCAAGGUGGCCAUGAAGAAAGCCUACUACCUGGCCUGUGGCUUCUGUCGCUGGACCUCAAGGGAUGUGGGCAUGGCCGACAAAUCAGUCGCCAGUGGUGGAUGGCAGGAGCCGGAGAAUCCUCACACUCAGCGGAUCAACAAGCUGAUCGAGUAUUAUCAGCAGCUAGCCCACCGAGAGAAGCUGGAGAGAGACCGGAAGAAGAUGGCCAGGAGACGACAGGGCAUGCCUCUGGCAUUCUCGCAACACACUAUUCAUGUGGUGGAAAAAUAUGGCCUUGGUACCAGACUGCAGAGGCAGAGGUCUGGAGCGCCCAUAUCAAGCCUGGCUGGCCUUUCCCUGAAAGAGGGGGAGGACCAGAAGGAGAUCAGCAUCGAACCUGCCCAGGCCCUCGAUGAGGUGGAGCCGCUGCCUGAGGAUUGUUACACCAGACCCAUCAGCUUACCAGAAGUGACUACGCUGCGCCAGCGCCUUCUGCAGCCGGACUUCCAGCCAGCGGGGGCGUCUCAGCUCCACCCCCGACACAAACACCUCCUGAUGAAGCGCUCGCUGCGCUGCAGGAAAUGUGAGCACAACCUGAGCAAGCCGGAGUUCAAUCCAACUUCCAUCAAGUUCAAAAUUCAGCUCGUUGCUGUGAGCUACAUCCCUGAAGUGAGAAUCAUGUCCAUUCCAAAUCUUCGAUACAUGAAGGAGAGCCAAGUGCUGCUGACCCUGACCAACCCAGUGGAGAACAUCACCCACGUCACACUGUCUGCCUGCGAGGACGAAGACCCCGAUGACAUCAACAGCACUGCAAAGGUUUCAGUACCCGGUAAGGAGCUGGUCUUGGCAGGAAAGGACGCUGCUGCCGAGUAUGAUGAGUUGGCUGAACCUCAGGACUUCCAGGAUGACCCAGACGUCGUCGCCUUCAGGAAAUCCAACAAGAUCGGCUUCUUCAUCAAAGUGAUCCCUCAGAAAGAGGACGACGGGGACGUCACCGUCUCGCUCAAGGUCCGACACGACUUCCGCAACCUGGCGGCUCCCAUCCGGCCGAGCGAGGAGGGGGCCGACACCGCCGCCGAAGCCAUUUGGCUCACGCACCACAUAGAGCUGAGGCUGGGGCCGCUCGCUCCCUGAAACAUGGGACAGAGCGCUCCGUCUUCACUAGUGUUGGGCUAUUUGAAAUAAUUCCUUAAGAUGGGAGGGGGGGGGGGUUGAGUUGGUUUGAAUCUGGUUUCUGAUUCGGCUCAUCGAUGAGGUCGAGUUCACGUGCUUCAGCUUCACCAGAUACAGUUACUGCCCGUUAGCCGAGCUCCCUGUGCUGCCCAGUUUAUCAAUAUCUAGAAUCAUGACUGACUGCAGACUAACUGAUAAAAGUCUCAAGUUUCAUUUCACUUAAUGAUUCUGUGUUAGUUUCCAUCUUAAUAAACGCAGCACAAAGAACAAGCUGUUCCACUACAUCAUCCUUCUUCUCACUUUAAACACUGUACCAUCAGUCGGUCAGUAAGAAGCUGUUUUAUUGUUAGGUAUUCUUUAUCAUUAUUAUUAUUAUUAUUAUUAUUAUUAAAAAAAACGCCACGUACUGUAUUUGCUGUUUGAAGGAUGAAAAAGAAUUUACCACUGAAGUACAUAGUGUUUUUUUUUUAAACAGCUAAGCAAAUAUAGCAGCUUUUGCCUCCGCUCUAGAUGCGCAUUCUAUCGUAUUAAAUGUAUUAGAUGUUUAUUUGUGGGAUAUCAGUCUUUACUAUAUGCAGUAAAUACCGGUUUAUGUUUAAAUAUAAGCGGUUGGAACAAAAUGUAAAAAUAAAAACAAUAAAGAACUGAAGGUAUUAGAAACUGGAGAGCGACGUCGAUGAGCCGAAUCAGAAAUCAGAGUUGAGAACAAUCUGAACACGUCCCGACCGUGCAGCACACACACACACACACACACACACACACAGACACACAACUCUGCGCUUCUAGCUUACGUAUCCUCGUCAGACAAUAGCGAUAACCUGCAUGCUUCAACUACAGUGAAUAUGGCCUGGUAGACAAUGUCCUCUCAGAGUAACUGAUUCUGUGCUGUUUUCUAAUCAAAAGGGUUGUCUGUGGGUACAAGAUUAUUACCUGACACCUGAUACCUGUACGUUUACUAUUGUCUGGAGUUCCACAGUAACUGUUAUCGGCACUAUUGAAGAGGAUGUAUGAGAAGCUCUGUAAUUUACCACAGUGUUCAUCGUUUGUAUGUACCGAGACACUAUAAUUUUUGUCUGAUUUGAAGACGUUUUGGUUUGUAGACAUGGCUGACGUCCGAGUCGUAUUGUGAGCUGCUGUCUUUUUUCUUUUUGUUUUUCCUUUCUUUCUUUUUUGGUUCAGAGCCUUACGUCACAGUUAAUCUUCUGUACCGGCUAAUAAAAUAAUGUAAUACUGUAA